AUGGCCACGCCGAAGUCACCGCCAUUCUCCAUCCGGCUCCUGAAGACCGAGUCCGACAGCGCCGAAGCGUCUUCACCCGACAACGAACAGCUCCUGUCGCCCCUGCCCGCGACCUAUCGCACAGCUUCCGAUGACCUAGCCGCAGCGAGUCGUCAUAUCAAGGCUUAUAUCGAGAAGGAACUCGACCUGCGGAGGGUGACAAAGGUUUUCGACUCGCUGUGGGUGGCGGGUCGGCCCAUGCCGCCCCGUCCGCUCCAUCACCAGUUCUUUGCUCAACCGGAAGAUCUUGGUGAUAGAGCAGAUGGACAUGCAUAUUGUCUGGACAAUAAGCUGAAUAUUCCUUAA